UUCACGACGCACGGCGAGCAAGCAGGGUGGCUGGCGGCUGUGAACCGCGCUCGAUAUACUCAUCUGCUGCACCAAUAUCUGAGCUCUGGUUGUUCCCAGAUCCAUGCUUCGAGGCCACAACCCGCAACCCCUCCUCCACUUUCCACCACGCCUGUCUGGGUUCCGGGUUCCCUGGAGAGCGAUCCACGGCGCAGGCGCAGGCGCAAGGCGGCAGGCUACCGGCGGUGACCCUCCCCUAGCAAAACACGACCCCAGGCCCAGGGCGACCUGGCGGGGCUCAAUGGCACUGUUUGCUCCGUUCCCUUGUCAGCCGCUGCUGAGUUUUGCCUGGUGGAGGCGUGCGUUAUUGGAGGACGAGUGGAGGAUCGGAGGAUUGGGAAUAUUGGACGGCGGGUGGUUGGGCGGCUCAGCCCAGGGCCUAGGCUGGCCUGGGCAUUACACGGCCUUAGCAGGGACGAUUCCCAGGGGAUGGUACAAACCUAGUAAGAUGCUCGGUACACGGUACAAAGUCCCGGUCAGCGGGGACGGUUGCCGUUUGUUUCUCCCGGGCAAGCCUUAACUCAUUGCAGAAGCCGACUCAACUUUCAUGCCUCGGUGGCCGCCUUCCACCAUGACUCCCUAGCCCGCAACUCAAGCCCGCAACUCUAGC